UGAAAUAACCGCCCCCUUCACUCACCCUCCCUGCAUCCCUGGGGGCGGAUAGCCUCUCUAUAACCUCCUCUCUUGGCACUCGGACACGCACAUCAUUUCAUCUCGGAGAACUCGGAGUGAAGCGACUCCUCCAUCAUGGCCAAAGUCAAGAUGCUGGCGCUACUCUUGGCGAGCUUCAUCUCAUCCGCUGUGCUUAUUGAUAUCAGCAAGAUCACAGUGUUCCCCAAACACGGCAGCAUCUCGGGAGUAUUCCAUGCAUCACUCCCAGGCAGCUAUGCCUUCAACGCAUCUACAGCCAGAGAUGUGUGUGAACAGCUGGGUGUGACGAUAGCAGAUAAGGCGCAGGUGCUCCGUGCUUCUACACAUGGCUUCGAAACAUGCAGGUUUGGAUGGAUAGAUGAACAAAUUGCUGUUGUUCCAAGGAUUCAAGCCAAUGAAGUGUGUGGUAAAGGAAAAGUUGGGGUCAUCCCAUGGCGGGCUGGUCUCAGUACAAAGUUUGAUGUCUUCUGUUUCAAUUCAACAGAUUUUGAAGCUCAAGCUCAAGCAGCCACAACACAAGUCCAUAAGACCACAAGUGGGACACCUACACCACACAUGUCUACAGGUGGAGUUCGUCUACAACGGGCAAAAACUACCCACUCUGCUUCAUCCGCCUCUUCGUCUGAUGUCCAGUCCACCUUUCCUGGGUCCUCUCGCUCUCUGAUCUACCAAGAGGACGAGGAAAAAGCCCAGGCCUUAGGUGGCACAAAGCCCAACAUUGGAGUCGUCCCAACCGCUUUGCUCAUCACAACCAUCUUCACGUUCCUACUGGCUGCCAUGGUUGCUGUUUGGUACUUCAAAAUGAACAGGUCCUGCACAGGCCUGUGGGAUGGGAAGGAGCAGAAGGAGUGCAUAGAGACCGAGGUCUGGGACGAAUGCAGCACAAAAGGUGUGAAAGAGUCCCGAACUGAGCCGGAAAACAACCCUGAGGACGCAGAUGAUGUCAGUGUGACCAUGAACGAUGAGACUGAUAGCGAAAAUGAGAGCAAAAGCAGAGCGACUUCAUAACCAGCCACUACAGACCACCACUCUGAGAAACUGCUUGUAUGGCCACUUUAAAAUAGCAUGAUGCAAAUGUAUUUAUUUAUUCGACGUUUCUUAUGUAGUUUUUGUCUGUGAUAUAUUUUACAAUGUUUAUAAAUCUGAUUAAACUUUUUUUAACAGAAUGUAUUGCUUUUUUUAAUAAAGCUGCCUUUCACUGGCUAAUACUGGAGGUGUGCCA